ACGGAGCGGCUAUGCAUUGUGCUCAGUCUGUCAGUGCUGCAUCCACUGAGGAGGAGGAGACGAGGGCCACACGUUAACCCCGAGCAGUAAACGUGCAGGGAGAGGGUUUUUCAGGACCAAGCUGUGAUCAUCUCUGCAGCGUUUCCUGGACGGUAUCGUGUCGCUCUUUUGUGUGCCACCAGUCGCCGGGCUGCAGGGGGGAAAACUGGGGAGGACUCGCCUCUGUUAAAGCCCGAUCGGUCGGUGGCGGAAGGGACGUGAUAUGAACCCCUCAUCGGCUUAAACAGCAGUGCAGCUAAAUAGCCCCGCUUUCAGGAGGGGGGGGGUGGGGGGGGGAGUUCACAGAGGAUCAGCGAGGACAUUCGUACCUUUUAACCUGCAGCUGAAGGCCGAAAAAUACCCAAGGAACCUGUAGCGAUGCCCGGGUUUGAUUACAAGUUCCUGGAAAAGCCAAAGAGACGAUUCCAGUGUCCGCUCUGCAGCAAGGCGAUGCGGGAGCCGGUCCAAGUGUCUACCUGUGGACAUCGGUUCUGUGACACCUGUCUGCAAGAAUUUCUGAGUGAGGGUGUCUUCAAGUGUCCAGAGGACCAGCUACCGUUGGACUAUGCCAAGAUCUACCCGGACCCAGAGCUGGAGCAACAGAUCCUGGCAUUGCCCAUCCGCUGCAUCCACAGUGAGGAGGGCUGCCGCUGGACCGGCCAGAUGAAGCAGCUGCAGGGCCACUUCACCACCUGCGCCUUCAAUGUGAUACCCUGCCCCAACCGCUGCUCCGUCAAGCUGACGCGCCGCGACUUGCCCGACCACCUGCAGCACGACUGCCCCAAGCGCAAGGUCAAGUGCGAGUUUUGUGGCAGCGAGUUUACCGGUGAAGCUUACGAGAACCACCAGGGUGUGUGUCCUCAGGAGAGUGUUUACUGUGAGAACAAGUGUGGAGCUCGGAUGAUGCGUCGUCUGCUGUCCCAACACGGCUUGGCCGAGUGUCCCAAACGCACACAGCCCUGCAAGUACUGCGGCAAGGAGUUUGUCUUCGACACAAUCCAGAACCACCAGUACCACUGCCCUCGGUUUCCUGUCCAGUGCCCAAACCAGUGCGGCACACCCAACAUCGCCCGAGAGGAUCUGGCUAACCAUGUGAAGGACAACUGCGGCAGCGCGCUCGUUCUCUGCCCCUUCAAAGACGCCGGCUGCAAGCACAGGUGCCCCAAACUGGCUAUCAGUCGUCACCUGGAAGACACCACCAAGUCUCACUUGACUAUGAUGUGUAACCUGGUGGGGCGUCAGCGGCAGGAGAUCCUGGAGCUUCGGAGGGAGAUGGAGGAGUUGUCCGUCAGUCACGACGGCGUUCUCAUCUGGAAGCUCAGCGACUACUCGCGCAAACUCCAGGAGGCCAAACUCAGAAGCAAUCACGAGUUCUUCAGCCCGCCUUUCUACACUCACCGCUACGGCUACAAGCUGCAGGUGUCGGCCUUCCUGAACGGUAACGGCAGCGGCGAGGGCUCCCACCUCUCCGUCUACAUCCGCGUGUUACCCGGAGAGUACGACAGCUUGCUGGAGUGGCCCUUUUCCUACAAGGUGACUUUCUCCAUCAUGGACCAGAGCGACCCGUCGCUUUCCAAACCCCAGCACAUCACGGAGACCUUCAACCCCGACCCUAACUGGAAGAACUUCCAGAAGCCCAGCAGCAGCCGCAACUCGCUGGACGAGAGCACCCUGGGUUUCGGCUACCCCAAGUUCAUCUCUCACGACGAGAUCAAGAAGAGGAACUACGUCCGAGACAACUGCAUCUUCGUCAAAGCUUCUAUAGAGAUUCCCCAGAAGAUUAUGGCUUAACAUCUGACUUUUGUUUCAUUUUUUUUUUUUUUACGAAGGAGAAGCACAGGUUAAAGACUGGAACUGACACUUAACCUUGAAACUUCUACACACUUACCCUUUAGAUACUUUCUGCCCUUACAGCCUCUCCACCACAGAGCGAGUCUGUUUGGCUGCGUGAGCUGACUCGGAGGACGUUGAUACAUCACAGAGGAGAAAGUGUUUGGUCGGCAGAACCAUCACUCUCUGGUGUUUCUUUUUACUGUUUUUUUUUUUUAUCUGUUUGCUGACCUUUUAUCACAGUCUACAACAAAAAGCCUUGGAAAUCAAACAGUGCCUAGAGAGAUUAUCUUAAGUUAUAUUUUUGUUGUUAUUUCCGCAGUACAAAUGUUGAAGAAAUGAAAAAAAGGGGGUGAAGGGCUUCACUAAGCCUCUGCACUUAGAGAAGAAAGAAAGUUAGACUCUGGUUAGGCACGUCCUGUUGGGGUGAUCUAAAGAAGAGGGAGCUCAGCAGACUCGAGCUCAAGCCCAACGGCCUUUUGUUUACAUGCUCAUACAGUAUACUCCCACUGAUCCGUUAACAAACACAGAGCCCUUGGUAAGAAACUGCUCGAGGUUUGUGUGCACACACGCAUCAAAUCGAUGUUUUCAAGUGAGAAACUUGCAGCUUCAAUCUUGGUAAUUUUCAUGUUUUAAUUAAUUAUUUUAGUAUUACAUUUUGAUUCUGUUAAAUGAAAAGAUGAAUACCACUCUC